CAGCGACUGAGACACCAUGGCUCUGAACUUCACGCUUCUCACGGUGCUGUACAUGAUGGCGACGUGUACGAUGGGUGCCCACCUCGCCCCUCCGAAAGCCGCUCAUCACAACACCACUCGGGACAAACCUAACAACACGUCUCCAUCCUACUACGUGAUCCUGGAUCCUCAGAUCAAAAACCCAGCCCGGGCCGUCCGUCCAAUCAACAGCAACUCCAUAUCGCCAUGGAAAUACACGACGAGUCACGAUAAGAACCGCAUCCCGGAGGACCUGUCGGAGGCUCAGUGUUUACUGAAGGGCUGUUUGAACAGGACGGGUGAAGAGACCAUGGAGGUGGAAUCCAGGCUUAUCUACAGACAGAUCCCGGUCCUGUACCGAGUCUCCGACGUGAAGAACAACAUUUACUUCAGAAUGGAAUUAAAAACCAUCGCCGUGGGGUGCACGUGCAUCCAGCCGUACGUCCAGCAAGUCUGAGCCUCUGGUGGACGUUUAUUUAUUAUUUAUUCAUUAUUAUUAUUAUUUAUUAUUAUUACACACAAUUCUGUUUGUAUUUAUUAGUUCAUGGUGGAUUUAACACACAGUGGACGUGUU